CAUGUCCAAGCAAGAAUUUCUUCUAACUUGAGAAGAAAAUUUAGCACAAGAGUUUAAAAAAAAUCAUUGCUCGACUCACCUAACUUAUUAGUCCAGAAUUCUCAUCACAUUGUCAUGCCUAGUCAACUCUUUCGGCUGAUAAUAAAUUCACAACAAUAAUAACAAUCUCAUUUCAUUUUAGUAGUAUGGUCAUAACUCAUAAAUCCUUACUAUGAGAAUAUUCAACAUUUGGACCUUAUGAACGGAAUCCACCCUGUAGAUUCCUUUAUUACAAUAUUCAAUAUUUAAUAUUUAGAUACCUUCUUAGUUUGAUUGAAUACUUAGGAAAAUAUAUAGCUGCUGCAUAUGUAUGAAGAUAAAUAAUAUGAAAUAACUAAGUCAAACAGUUCCUUCUUUCAUGGAUUCUUCAUCACAGUGUCCACCCUUUCAAUUUUCUAGCAAGUACUAUCAUGUGUCUGAAAAUGGAGGUGGAUGUGUAAGACAAACAAGUUUCUUUGAAGCCAAACCUCUUCUUAACCAAGGAGUUGGAUAUUCAAUCAUUCUUGGUUUUGGUGCUUUCUUUGCUCUCUUCACCUCUUUCUUGGUAUGGCUGGAGAAAAGGUAUGUCGGGUCCCGCCACACCUCUGAAUGGUUCAAUACAGCAGGAAGAAAUGUUAAGACAGGACUCAUUGCUAGUGUCAUUGUGUCUCAGUGGACUUGGGCUGCUACAAUCCUGCAAAGCUCUAAUGUUGCUUGGGAGUAUGGAGUUAGUGGACCUUUCUGGUAUGCUAGUGGAGCCACCAUCCAAGUGAUGUUAUUUGGAAUUAUGGCUAUAGAGAUUAAAAGAAAGGCUCCUUAUGCUCAUACCGUGUGCGAAAUUGUCAAAGCCCGUUGGGGGACUUCAGCACACAUUGUAUUCCUUUUCUUCUGUUUCAUGACAAAUAUAAUCGUAACGGCGAUGUUACUUCUUGGUGGUUCUGCUGUUGUAAAUGCAUUAACUGGAGUCAACAUUUAUGCUGCUAGCUUUCUAAUACCACUUGGAGUAAUUGUCUAUACACUAGCUGGUGGAUUAAAGGCCACAUUCUUAGCAAGCUAUAUACAUUCUGUCAUAGUGCACAUUGUUUUGGUCAUUUUUGUCUACCUUGUCUAUACUUCUAGCAGCGAGCUUGGUAGUCCGAGUGUCGUUUACAAUCGGUUGCUCGAGGUUGCGAGCAAAUCGAGAGCAUGUCAAGAUCCUAUAUCACACCAUGGACAAUCUUGUGGUCCUGUUAGUGGAAAUCACAAAGGCUCUUACUUAACAAUGCUUAGUUCAGGUGGCUUAGUUUUUGGGAUUAUAAAUAUUGUUGGCAACUUUGGCACCGUGUUUGUCGACAAUGGAUAUUGGGUGAGUGCUAUUGCAGCAAGACCUUCAUCAACUCACAAGGGCUACUUGUUGGGAGGUUUGGUCUGGUUUGCAGUUCCAUUUUCUUUGGCUACCGCGCUUGGUUUGGGAGCACUGGCCCUUGAUUUACCACUAAAUGAAAGUGAAGCAGGUCGCGGACUUGUUCCCCCGGCUACUACUGUAGCUUUGAUGGGGAAAGGUGGAUCAAUUCUUCUUCUUACCAUGCUUUUUAUGGCAGUGACUUCUGCUGGUUCAUCAGAGCUAAUUGCUGUAUCCUCAUUGUGCACAUAUGAUAUUUAUAGAACUUACAUAAACCCAAAUGCAAGUGGAAAGAAAAUCCUCAAAGUAUCAAGAGGAGUUGUUCUAGGAUUUGGAUGUUUCAUGGGAAUGUUAGCAGUUAUACUAAACAAAGUAGGAGUUUCUUUAGGAUGGAUGUACCUUGCAAUGGGAGUUUUGAUUGGUUCAGCAGUUAUUCCUAUUGCUUUCAUGCUUCUAUGGAGAAAAGCAAAUGCAAUCGGAGCCAUUCUCGGAACAGUAUUCGGUUGCGUUCUUGGAAUAGUCACAUGGUUGUCUGUUACAAAAAUAGAGUAUGGAAAGAUAAACCUUGAUACAAGUGGAAGAAAUGCACCAAUGCUUGCUGGAAACCUUGUUUCUAUAUUAACAGGUGGAGGUGUCCAUGCUGUAUGUAGCAUGCUGUGGCCUCAGAAUUAUGAUUGGAGUACUACUAAACAAAUCACUGUGGUUGAAAAGGAAAAAACUGAUUUGCCAAUGGAAGAGUUUAAAGAAGAAAAGUUAAUAAAGGCUAAAGUAUGGAUUGUGAAGUGGGGUGUUGGUUUUACUGUUUUGAUAGUUAUACUAUGGCCUAUUCUAUCCCUCCCAGCAGGGGAGUUCAGCAAAGGAUACUUCUAUUUUUGGGCAGUAAUUGCUAUAGGAUGGGGAACUAUAGGUUCUGCUGUGAUAAUUGCUUUACCAAUAAUAGAGAGCUGGGAUACCAUCCAAACUGUCAUUCAAGGAAUGUUUACAAAUGACAGACUCAUGGAAAAGAUAGAUGAGUUAAAUUUCAAGUUGCAUACAAUCAUACAGGCAGUUCCAGAAGCUGAGAGGCUUUACUUGCUUGAGAAGGAAAAAGCCAAAAAAUCAGAAGCCUCAGAACAACAAUCUUUUUCACUUCCUAACUAAUAUUUUAAGGGACCAAAUUUGUAUUAAAGUCGCAACAUCUCUAAUCCUUGAAAUCCUCUUUCUCAUACAAUUGUAGUGAUUCUGUAAGUAUUUUUAAACUACAAAAUUUCACUGAUUAAAAAAAUCAAUGUGUUAGACUCCUUUAAAAUAA